CAUAUUUUAUUAUUAUAUAUAUUAAAAUAUAUGAAAACAGCGUACGAAUAUUAUAUCAUAUAGGUAUUUAAGAUGGUAUCUAAGAGAUAUUUAUUUUAAAUAUAAAUAUUAUUUAUUAUCUAAGUAUAUAUCGUAAAUUUGUUUUGUACAGCAAUUUUUGGUUUAAAUAACCAUGGACCAAUUCGAGGAACCAUGGUUUACAUGUUUCAUUUCAAAAGUAGAAGACGAUCCUAGGGAUGAAAUAACAAAUAACAUGGACGUUUCACAAAUCAAAGAUAAAACCAAAAGAUUAUUUAAACUGUACAUGAAAAAGAAAAAAGAGUAUUGGUCCAGUUUGGCAACAAAGAGACGUAUACAAACGUCUACAAUUACAAAUCCAAAACCAAUAGUUUCCAUGACGAAAAAUAACAAAGCGCAAAAGAAGUCGUGGAGUGCCGACCGAUUAAACGAAUUAUCCAAGCCUAGAUUCGAUUAUUACGAAUACACAGAGGAAGUGACUACUUGGCGUCGUUAUCGACAAGUCAAUAUUCAAAGAAUAUAUGAUUUGGCAACACCACGGAGGGUCGCAUCGAGUGUCGAUCAGGCACCGCGUAAGUGCAAUUGUUGUAAAGUACCUUUAUCGGUAUUGCUGCCGAGGAUAGAAAAACUGUCCAUACCACCUAAACGGACGAACGUAGUCGAACAAAUUAAAUCUGAUGAAGACACUUUUUCGGUUAAAAAGUCAGCUCUGAAGUACGUCGCUUCUGAGAGGUUGAAACGAUUAGCAACACCACGACCAAUGUACCAUGAAGACUAAUGAAGAACUAUGUUUCGAUGGGCACAUGUAAAUUCCGCCACAAGUACCUUUUUUUCAUUUGAAGUUAAAUUUGUAGUUUUUUAUUGUAUCUACUACUACAACAUAGUAAUAUCAUGUUUAAUAUUUUAGCUAAAAAAAAAAAAAUAUAUCAAUAUUUAAUAUUUUAGCUAUAAGAGGUGUAUGCCAUCUACAAAAAAUGUCUACAUAUGUGUUGUAUUCAAUCUCUCAUUGAUCAUUUUUUUCUGUUUACGUAGAUAGCAUUUUCACGAAGGUUUAUCACGAAUAUCUUCCACCGCUUUUCUCUUUAUACAACUACUUAUUUCUUGUCUUUCUAGUGUUUGGAUUGAAAUUGGAAGGCAUGAAGUAAUAUGUGUAUCAUUUGCAAAAUGUGUUAAAGUAAUAUUAUGUUGCUCAGCUCCAACAGUUUUUAUAAAUGCAUUACAUUUUUUGUUAUUGCACCUCCGUUUUAUUUCACCAGACAAGUACUUUAUAUUUUUAUUAAACUUAUAAUUUUUAAAUACAACCAAUAAAUUACCUCGUUGACCAGUAAUUAAUUUUAUAUUAUUACUUUCUUGCGACAUAUUUCGUUCGGACAUAUACAAAUAUCGGAAGUAUCGGGAAUAUCGGAAAUAUACACGGAGACACGCAGACUGCGAAUGAUUAUGUUCGUCAAAGUAUACGUCUUUACGUAUACCUUACCUACUGCCGAUAUCGUCAUUGGAAAUCCUGAUUUCAGAUAAUGUGAAGAUAAAAUUAUUAAUAAUUUGAAUUAAUCUAACCUUGACAAUAUUUUAUCAAUUUUGACAUUUAUCAUCACAAUAAACAUAUUUAAUGUGAGAAGGCACGUGACAAUGUGAGUACUGUCGCACUGACCAGGUAAAAAAAAAAACUGGAGGAGUUUACCAUAGACCUAUUAUUACCUUUUUAUCUUGACCGAUAUUCUGAUGGAGUUUACAAUCGCCCAUUUUUAGUACACAUAAAUCGUUACAGUAGGUGGAAAUAGACCGUUUCCUCAAUCAUGGAUUUAGGCUAUAAUUUGUGUACAAUUAAUACUUGUAAAAUAGUAUACGAUUUAUUAUUACACUGCUUGUGUUGAUUUUUUGGCACUUAACCCCGAUUCUCAGAAUUUUCCCUUUGUGCGAGAUAGACAUUAAUUUCUUUACUCCUUAUACUUUGACAAAGGAAUUUAAUCCAAUAAAAAAACAAAGUUGCAGAGUUACCAUCCGAUAUAAAUAAGGGUUUUUUUUAUAUAUUUUUUUUAGUCUGACAAGACUAGCGUAACGAUAUAUCACCGGUGUAGCGUGUAACUCGUAAAAUUUAUCAUCGUGGUAUGGUAAAAACUACGUGACGUAGAUUUUAAUUUUGAUCGCCCAGCAGCAAUUAGGUGUUUCGAAUUUUGUUCAUUAUUGACACUGAAAGAGAACUUCAAUUUCCGGACGAACUAUAGUUAAACUCGAACUGGCUCUGAAUAUUUUAUUUAAUACCAGUACACAUAAUGUAAUAACGCGUAGUAAUUGUAAUAUAAAACAAUUUUCACCAAACUAAUGUUUUUUUUGUUUUUGUUGUUGUUUUUAUCAUAUAGCACGACUAUACAUUUCCGUAAAAUUUUUCUAGUGUUUAAUUUUGAAGUUUGCCUAAAAAUCAAAAUCAAACGGAGAAAUCAAUCACGUUUCGUCAUAAGAUUUAUUUUUUAUAAAAAUUAAAUUCAUCGAGAAGUAGAAUCAAUAUGUAUGUUCAGCAUAUUCGCUAAAGUGUGUGCGUGUGAUACAUUCCUAUGUAUAACGUAUGCUUUAGCAAGGCGCUUGCCGCUUAUUCGUAAAUGAUUAUAAUAUCAAUAUGUUAAGUGUUAACUGCUUAAUGUUUGGUUGUUGUGUGUGAGAUGUAAGCUAUGUAUGUAUGUAAUAUGUAUAAUAUAUUGGUAUAUAAUAUGUGUGCGUACUGCGUUCAGUAUGUAUGUGAUGGUAUAUAUGUUAUGUGUAUUGUGUGUGUGUGUGUGUGU